AUGGCGGCUUGUUUUAAGCUUCCAUCGCUCGCUAAAAGGCCAAAACCAAAAACACAGUUUCCUGAGUUCGAAUGGAGUGAGGUAACUGUAGAGAAGGAGCUCGGAAGCGGUACGUUUGGUUCAGUUUACCUUGUCAAAUACGAGAAAGAACACCGUCGAAAUGUUAUUGUGAAAAAAAUGAAAGGUGAAUCGGCUGAAGCAAGACGUCGAUUCGAGAAGGAAGCGGCGAUCCUAAAAACCGUGAAAGGCCAUAGAAAUGUGACUGAGUUUUUAAGAUUUUGCCGAGAACCCUACGCCAUAAUGAUGGAGCAUGCUUGUUUUGACUUCAAUCCGUUGGGAGUUAAAAAACAGGUAAAUUCGCUUGAAGAUUUUUUACAUUUCGUUGAUGCGGAAUUCGACUUUACGUCGUUCGCAGAUGUCUUGUUACUGUGUGCGCGGGACGUUGUUUCCGGAUUGGACUUUCUCCACAAGAACAAUAUCGCGCACAGAGAUCUAAAGCCAGGGAACACCUUGGUCUGCAAUCAACAUUACAGCAAACAGAAUGAUGUGGAUCUGGCCAAAUCCUAUGCUGAAUGCCCCAUUGUCUGCAAACUUGCAGAUUUUGGUUUGAGUCGUUCCCCUGACAUGCAGACAAGCACAUUUUUAAAGCCGAAGACGGAAUCACCUUGCCGUGGCACACCUGUAUUUAUGGCACCAGAGAUCCUAUUAGAAGAUCUAAAGUUCGCUGGUCAGGAGGACCUUAAAAAGGCUGAUAUUUGGGCUUUAGGCCUCAUGAUGUUCUCGAUGAUAAAUCCAAAUCUUUCUAAUCCAUAUCGUGCUGAAUUUGAAGCUUCUGGUGUCCCAUUCUCGGAAAAGGCUUUGAGAAAUACCUUGAGACAGCAGAAGCUACCCCGUCCUGACGUCAAAUACGAGUCUUUCCGGACAACUCAGUGGUGGCAAAUUGACGACGUCUUCAAAUUAUGCACACAAUUUGACCCAGAAUCAAGACCGACUGCCGCUGAAGUUCUUAGGCUCCUAGAUACUAAUCAACCGGAGGCAUCUCUACGUUUGAUGAAUUUGUCUGUGAAUCAGAGCUCUGCCCAGACACCACAGGAUGACGGUACCAACUGCUGUGCGUUCCUUGCCCUAACCAUUUGCGACAGAUUCUUGAACGAGGUAAAAUUAGACGCGAAUAAUAAUAAUAAUAAUAAUAAUAAUAAUAAUAAUAAUAAUAAUAUUUUUUUUUUUAAAAAUAAUUAUUUUAUUCUCAACUCUAUAAAAUGCUUACAAUUAAAUAAUAAUAAUAAUAGUAAUAAUAAUAUUAAAUAUGUUUAUUUCUCACAUUCUCGCAGCUCACUGAUUCAGAAUUAAAAUGUUGUUACAAUACAAAAUAUAUAGAAAAUUCCAAUUUUGAGGGGGACUGGGUUUACAAUAAUUGAUUAGAAAAGUUAAACACUACUGCUUAUUAUAAUUUACAAGGAAUAUGGGGAAAAAGCUGGAUCGCGGUCUUUCAGUUCUACAUUUGGUUAAUGUAAGUUAGUUUGUUAAUCGAAUAUCGGUUCACAACUGUAUCCAUUCAUUCAUUCAUUCAUUCAUUCAUUCAAUAUGCAUCUGUAUAAUUCUCCAGUUAAUAUAAUUAUUAUUACUUUAAGGUUAACGAGAAAAGCGAUGUUCAGUGGGAUGACGUCAAACAAAUCGCUGAGGACACUAUCAUUAAUCUACCAAGAAUGAUCAACGAACACCGAAAAUUUGAUCAGUAUUAUGACGUGUCUGAAGCAAAACUAAAACUGAAGGAACUUAAGAUCUUGUCUUCCGACUAUGAACUAUCAGAAGAGUGCAUCUCGUCAAACACCGUGUUUUCAGAUAAUGGCAGAACCGAGCUGAUCAAUGCACUAACACAGAAGCUAGAUCAGAGUGAAAGCGCCGUUGCCAUUUACACAUGUCACCCUUACAUAUUCUCAGUGGGAAAGCACAAAGAUGCUCUGUUCUUGGUUGACACUCAUCCUGUUUCUGAAGAUCUUGGAGGGAACUGCAAUGGUCUUUUGUUAUUGACACCAGACUGCAGUCCUCGAUCCUGUAAACUACUUGUCCAAUGGAUUCUGAACCGACUACUCAAAGCGGGGGCAUCGGAAAAGGAACUUCAGAGUUUGGCUUGGCUAACACCAAUUUCAGGUUAG